AUGGCUUCUGCGGAGGUAGAAAAGGGGUCUCCGGUGGUGGAGGGGCUGCUGGUCGUGGGCAACAUCAUUAUUCUGCUGGCAGGCCUGGCCCUGUUUGCCGAGACGGUGUGGGUGACAGCUGACCAGUACCGCGUGUACCCGCUGCUGGGAGUGUCGGGCAAGGACGACGUUUUCGCGGGUGCCUGGAUCGCCAUCUUCUGCGGCUUCGCCUUCUUCAUGGUGGGCAGCUUGGGCGUGGGCGCCGCGCUGUCCCGCCGCCGCUCCAUGGUGCUCACGUACCUGCUGCUCAUGCUGGUGGUCUACAUCUUCGAGUGUGCUUCCUGCAUAACGUCCUAUACCCACCGUGAUUAUAUGGUGUCUAAUCCAUCCCUCAUCACCAAGCAAAUGUUGACCUUCUAUGGUGCAGAUACAGCUCAGGGCCAGGAACUGACGCGCCUCUGGGACCGCAUCAUGAUUGAGCAACAGUGCUGCGGCACCUCUGGCCCCAUGGACUGGGUGAACUUCACCUCGGUCUUCCGAGCAGCCACCCCAGAGGUGGUGUUCCCCUGGCCCCCGUUAUGCUGUCGCCGGACAGGCAACUUCAUCCCCCUCAACGAGGAAGGAUGCCGUGUGGGCCACGUGGAUUACCUGUUCACGAAGGGCUGCUUCGAGCACAUUGGCCAUGCCAUCGACAGCUACACGUGGGGCAUCUCAUGGUUUGGGUUUGCCAUUCUGAUGUGGACGCUGCCUGUGAUGCUGUUGGCGAUGUACCUCUACACCGUCCUGUGA